AUGGUGUACUUCCAGGAAGAAGCGGCACCGCUCGACCUGAGUCACCAUCUCUCCCGGGUGACCAAGAACCGGACGCCAAGCUCCAUCAAGAACUACUACCGGUUCUUCAAGAUCUCCGGCAUUGGGAACCUUGCCAGCGGUCUCCCCAACGCGUCAUACUUUCCCUUCGACACGCUCGAGGCCGAGGUCGCCCGGCCAUCACGAUGGGACGCUUCGCCCGACGAGUACCACCCCGACGCGGAGGAGUCGUCGCUCGUCGUGGUGCCCAAGGCGACGACGAACAGCGGAGGCGACCCCGCCAAGCGGGUGGACAUCGCGACCGCGCUGCAGUACGGCACCGCGGGGGGCUACCCGCCGCUGCUGUCGUGGGUACGGCGCUUCAUGCUCGACGUGCUGGCCCCGAACGUGCCGUACGAGCCCGGGCCCGACGUCAUCCUCUCGUGCGGCUCGACCGACGGCGUGUUCAAGCUCGUGGACCUGCUGUACGACUCGUGGCUGCCCGAGAGGGGGGACGCCGUGAGCGAGCGGCCGGGCCUGCUCACCGAGCUGUUUGUGUUUAACAACGUGCUGCCCGUCGUGGAGCCGCAUGGCAUCCAGAUCGUGACCGUGGAGAUUGACGGCGAGGGCAUACUGGCCAAGGGGCCGGGCUCGCUGGAGGACGUGCUGAGGAAUUGGGACCCCGCGAGGGGAAAGCGCCCGCAUGUGCUGUAUACCGUGACCGUGGGACACAACCCAACGGGCGGCGUCCAGUCGCUGCAGCGCAAGAGGGAGAUUUACUCCGUGUGCCGCGCGUUCGACAUCAUCAUCAUCGAGGAUGAGCCGUACUGGUACCUGCAGUUCCCGUCGGCCGCCGCCGCGGAAGCGCAAUCACGGCACACGGCCGAGUCGCUGGCCGUCAAGCGGGAGUCUGACGAGGAGCUGCUCGGGUACGCGGGCACGCGGCGCCAGCGGAGCGGCCACAGCUUCAUCGACUCGCUCGUGCCGUCGUUCCUCAGCCUCGACAUCGACGGCCGCGUCAUCCGCCUCGACACCCUGUCCAAGACGAUGGCGCCGGGGUGUCGCAUCGGCUGGAUCACGGCGCAGCCCAAGUUUAUCGAGCGUCUCGAGCGAAUCACUGAAAUCUCAACACAGCAGCCGUCGGGUUUCGCCCAGGCCAUGGUCGUCCAGCUGCUCGCCGGGCAGAACCCGGACGCGCUGCACGCCUUCGCCGACCUGCCGGCGCAUAAGCGCAGCGCCUUCUCCGGGUGGAAGAUGGACGGCUGGGUGCACUGGCUGGCGGGCCUGCGCAGCGUGUACGAGCGGCGCGCAGCACGCAUGUGCUCCAUCCUCGACCAGGGCACGCACAUGGUGGUGAAGAAGCCCUCAUCCUCCUCGUCGUCGCGGUCCUCUCCGGGCAAGAGAACGCAGCUACUGUCCUUCGACUGGCCCCGCGGUGGCAUGUUCGUGUGGCUGCGCGUCCACUUCGAGGAGCACCCGCUGUGGAUGGCCAGGGGCCCUACCAUGGAGGCGCUCGACGGGCCGGCCAUGGCGGCCGCGAUGCUGGCCUUCAUGGCGCGCAAGCCGCACCUCGUCCUGCCGUCGCCGGGCACCAUGUUCGGCGCGACGCCCACCGUGGUGAAGGAGCGCGCGUGGCAGAACCUGCGCCUGUGCUUCACGGCCGAGAGCGAAGAAAACAUUGAUGCCUGCUCCAGGAGGUUCACGAAUGCGGUGCACAAGUUUUGGCUCAUUGACGAGGUAGAAGUGAUGGAGGACUUGGUCAGGGAGCAAAGGGCUUCAUGA